AUGGGGAAAAAGUCUCGGGACAUUGCUGCAGAAGAAGCAUCAAGUGGCUACAAAAAAUCGAGACGGACAAAAAAGAGAUUAGUGAGGAAAAAAAUAAUGGUAAACCUCAUCGGCCACAAUAUCGAACAGGCUCGAACGUCUUUUCCUCCUCGACACAUUGCUUUGCCGAAUGAAGUACUUCUGAGCAUGGCUGGCAACUUGAGUAGGUGUUCUCGUGAUGACAUAGUUCCUUGCAAUGCCACGCCAGUCACCUUUGCCGAGCUUUUGCAGCCCAACCAGAAACAACCUGUGUUCUUCUUCUGUCCAUGGGACACCUGUAAUAUUAAAAAUUUAGUUUAG